GCAGCCUGUUGGGAUAACUCUCAGUGUUUUGGUCUGCAUUACAUCAUAAUUCAAAAUGAUAACUCCUGCGUUCGACCUGAGCCAAGAUCCUGAGUAUCUGAUCCUCAACGUCCGCGUGCCCUACACCAGGACGUCAGAGUUUGACCUUUGCAUUGAUGGAACGGAUUUCAAGUUCUAUGCAAAGCCCUACUUUCUGAGAUUAACUCUUCCUGGAAGAAUAGUCGAGGAUGGGAGGGAGAAGGCCAAAUUUGACAUAGAUAAAGGUCUGUUCACUCUUCAGGUCCCUAAGGAGACAGCUGGUGAGCACUUUGAAGGGCUUCAGAUGCUGACAAGUCUCCUCGCCCCCAAAGGCUCCCGUUCAGCAAAACCACUGGUGGAAGACGUUAGCGCAGAAUGCGGCGAAGGUGCAGCAGAAAACGACGAGGAAGAUGAAGAGGAAUUUGACUGGCAGGUUGAGCAGGAGGUUUACGUAGAGAGAUCUGAGGAGGAGCUGAGUGCCCUGCAGAAAUAUGGCUUUGGAAAUCAGAGGUCUGGAGUAUUUGCCCGAUUGCAGGAAGAACUCACUGACGUGAUCGACGUCAAGAACCCAGAAGGAACAUCAGCAGCAGAGAGGAGGCAGGCUCGGCUGGAAGCAGAGACAUCUGCCUUCUCUCCCGACCAUUAUCUGGCUGAUUUGUUUGAGGAUGAUGAGAUAAAGGCGCUGUUGAAGUUUAGGCCGUGGUGGGCAAAGCUGAGCCCUUCUACAGAGCAGGAGGAAGAAUCUGCCAUAUCAUUCACCGAUGAUGAGAAAGAGCAGCUGAGGAAAUUCACCAACCGCUCCUACCUGCUGGACAAGACGUCCCGCUACCAAGCAUGGCUCGGCCUCGUGGACGUCCUGCUGGCUUACUCCUAUGAAAUGCGCUGCACAGAAGGAGAGCACAACGUGGAGUCACCGUGGACCAUCAGGAAACUCAGCGGUACUCUGUGCUGGUUGGAGACAUACAGCUCCCUGCAGGAGGUCCUGGUGUCGUUUGGACGGAGGGUUUUGUGUUACCCACUCCACAGACACUUCACUUUGGUCUCCGCGGCCGUUCGUGACACGACUAAGGUUUUGCAGUCAGGGAAAGCCUGUGUCCUCAAAUGCCUGCUGGAUAUUCACAAAGUCUUUAGAGAGAACGACCCGGCCUACAUACUGAACGAUCUGUACAUCACAGACUACUGCAUCUGGAUCCAGAGGGUCAAGUAAGUUCACCGACACACACACACACACACACACUCACAAAUCCAUCCACUCACACAUCAGAGACCUUCAUCUAGAGAGAAUUACCUUCAGAGCCA